GUUUUCAUCUUCGAUAGACUAAAGAAAGAAGAUGAUUACUUGAGAACCAAACCCAACAACUGAUUUUCAUCUUCGAUAGACUGAAGAAAGAAGAUGAUUACUUGAGAACCAAACCCAAAAUCUUAAAAGAACAACUUGAUACUUACUCCACUUAAAACAAAACCAAAUAAUCUUGCAUUCGAUGAAAUUCCUUAGUUUGUCCAUCUAAGCCUCUAAGGCACUCACAAGUCACAGCAAUGAGCACGAGUCCCCCAAUUUCAAAGCGAAAAUACGAGGAAGAAGAAGAAGAAGCAGAAGACUCCACAGUGACACCUAACUUCUUCGCCAUUGCUGACCUCAUUCUUCCAUGGCUAACUCCACAAGAGCUUUCCUCCAUAUCCUGCACUUGCCGCACCUUAUCCCUUCUCUCCAAACGAAUCGCCACCCUUCGUUCCUCAGACGCUUCUAGAUCCUUCGAACCUCUUCCUAUUCCAUUCAUCAACCCCCUUCAAUUCCAUCCUCACCCCUAUGCUUUCUUCCUCUACACUCCAACUUACCUUCUUCCUUCUUCUGAUUUCCUCCGCCAAUUUUGGGGUUCCGCUUCACUUUCUAACCCUAAUCCCCAAUUCAAUUUCUCCAAUUAUUUCGCAUUAGGUGGGCGUGGAUGUUGUUGUACUGAUAAAUGCAAUGAAGAUUGCUCUUGUUCCGUGUUGAGAGGCAGUGAGGUGGUAACUGAAUGUGGAAUCGGUUGUAAAUGCGAAGCAAGUUGUGGGAAUCGAGUGAGUCAGAAAGGCGUUUCAGUUAGGUUAAAGAUUGUGAGAGUUCAAAAUAAAGGUUGGGGUUUGUUUGCUGCCCAGUUCAUUCCUCAAGGAAGUUUCAUAUGCGAGUAUGCAGGUGAACUACUAAACACCGAAGAGGCAAGGAGACGGCAACAAGUAUAUGAUAAACUAGCUAGAGACAGUCGGUUUUCAUCUGCACUUUUGGUGGUGCGGGAAUAUCUCCCAUCAAGGAAAGCAUGUUUCAGGAUCAAUAUUGACUCCACCAGAAUAGGUAACAUUGCACGAUUUAUAAACCAUUCUUGUGAUGGAGGUAAUCUAUCAACGGUGUUAGUUAGAAGUUCAGGUGUCCCAUUGCCUCGGGUUUGCUUUUUUUCUUCCAGAGACAUACUAGCAGGUGACGAACUUAGCUUUAGCUAUGGAGAUGUUAGGCUUAAGCCGGAAGGGUUGCGUUGUUUUUGUGGCAGCUCUUCUUGUUAUGGCAUCUUACCCUCGGAAGACACUUGAUUGCAAUGAAACAUAUGCUAUUUUAUUACAUUCACACUUUCCAGAAGGCUCCUAUUGUAAAAAAUUAAAAAAUAAAAAAAAAGAAAGAAGCAAAAGUUAAACAAAUCCUUGUAGUGUAGUCUGUACUGUUUUCUUUAUUGGGGUAAGGCUCGCCUAUAGACUAAGAAAGGGGAAAUUACUUAUUUCUAUAGGUGGUGAGAAUCAAACCCUUGUCGGAAAAGUGAAAGGAAAAACCUUGUUCUCGUCUGAAAAGAAAAAGAAUGAUAGAGAAGAUCUUUGAAUAACAUCCUUGUAUCUAACCUUAUCAUUUUUUUAAAAGUUGGUACAAUUUUGUGCAGUAACUUCAUUUAUAUGAUACCUAUUCCUGAUGAGGCUAAAAAUUUGUAUUUUGUAUUUGCAAUUUAUGAUUGAUUCACAAAUUCUUAAAUGAGACGGUUUUACGGUAAGAUUACCUAUAUUAGGUUGGUUCAAUGUACAUUUAUUGUCUUAAUUUAGUCUUAGAGUGAUUACUUGUAAGUUGCAACCUUAAAGUGAUCACUUACAAUUUUAAAAUGAUCAAUAAGAAAAAUAGACUAAUUAAUAUGGAUUUGUCUCAUGUUGAGACGAUCUUAUACAAGACUUACUAUUAUUAAUUAUGGUAAACUGGCUUGACAAAUCAUGUACACCUCUUAUUUAUUUAUGUGUUUUCGUUGAACUUGUAAGGGUACAAUAUUGAUCUAACAAAACUACAAGUGACUGAUUGAAAUUACUAUGAAAACAAAUUACAAGAGUCCAAGACCAUGAUAUUGUUGUUGUAGUCUUCUAGAGGGGUUUCCUAACUUUCUUCGGUGUACUUUUACAAAAAAAAGAAUUGUUGAAAGAAGAUACAAUAUUUUGCAAUUAAAAGUAAAUUGAAAACACUCAAUUCAUUGUUACUAUAAGAUAAUGUUAGUAUUAUUGUAAAUCAGGAUCAUUUUAGACAUGUGUUAAAUGAUAAAUUAUACGGGACCUCCAAAAUAAGGAAUUUUAAUUACUUGCUUUUAUACUCCAUUCUUGUUAUAUACGCUCUUAAUUCCACCCAAGUAUGAGUCGUUUGGUAUUGCUUUUAGAAGCAUGUUAUUGUUGAUGUUUACCUUACCUUAAAUUUAUUCAAUAAUAAUUCUAAAAGGGCAGUCUGGUGCAUAAAGUGUUCUCGGAAAGCAGUACCCAGUUAUAUCAAUCUUAA